CGUCUGUGACAACAGUAUGGAAAUGCUGGCAGAAAACAACUUGCAGCUUCCUAAAAUAACCACAGAAGACAUGUGCUUCUCCACAGAAUUCCAAAAGGACAAAUGUCUGAAUAAGAUCCACCAUGACCUGUUGAUAUUUGAGAUCUAUUUACUGCAUGUGAAGGAGACUUUCAGAAGCGAGAGAAACACUGUGGAGUCUAUAGAAUACAAGACCAAAAUAUUAGCAGGGGCCGUUAAGAGGAUGAUGAAAAGCUCUAAAACAGAAAGUGAUGACAAAGAAACACAGACCGAUACCCAGAUCCCCCAGGUUCUAAAGUCAGAGAACCUCUGGAUACAGAAACUCACAAACCGACUCAUCCUGCAAGCUUUUAUUGACUAUAUACAGAAAACUGCAAGAGCAGUAAGAUAUAUUGUUACUUUCCAUGGUGGAAAUAAGAUUUAGGUGUAAUCAUGCCUCUUCUACUUAUUAUACUGUGCUACUGUGUGGCACUGAAAAAUAUUAGUCUCUACAGAGAACUAACCACUUUAUAAUUUAAAUUCUCUUUUAUUAUGAAAAGACAUUAUUACA